UGAUCAGAAACCUUUUAAACGUCAUGGCAAUUACAUAAAAUCUUUAUCUGGUUCUUGAACUUUACUGGUCGUCGAAAUCUCCGAUCGGCAGUGCUGGAUUAUGGGGGAUGCGGCAGUAGCGAAGCGUCGGGAGCAGCUGACGCGUUGGUCGGGCUCCAGUACCGACAGAGAGCCGGCGGUGCCGCGGAGUCGCUGGAGAGGAGAGACAAGCACCCGAGCUCCUGAUGGAGGCAGAAAAGACACCAAUGAGCAGCAGAAAACAAACAGGUGGCGAGUUAGAUUUGAGCAGACUGCAGAGUUCCUAGCAGUGUGUGCUAGUGGUGACAUAGAGGAGGCAAAGGAGAUGCUGCGAGAAGCAAGAGUACAGAAUGGAGAGGAUGAUAUAGUUAACUGUGCCAACACAGAUGGAAUAACAGCUUUACACCAGGCCUGUAUCGAUGGCAGUAUGGAGAUGGUGGAAUUUCUUCUGUCUCAGGGUGCCAGUGUUAACCUGGUGGACAGUGAGGGUUGGACUCCUCUUCAUGUGGCUGCAUCAUGUGGAAACCAGGAGAUAACUGAAUUUCUGCUCAGGCAUGGUGCAUCUCUCUGCGCGGUGAACUGUGAUGGUGAUGUGCCAAUGGACAUUGCAGAGGAUGAGGCCACAGAGACACUGCUGCAAGAACACUCAUUGACAAAGGACACGGAUGUGGAGACAGCUAAGCGGGCAGAAGAGGAGUGGAUCAUGCGUGAUGCCCGCCACUGGCUCACAAAUGGGCUACCUGCUAAUCUUUGCCACCCCCGGACUGGUGCUACUCCCUUACAUGUAGCAGCAGCUAAAGGAUAUCUGGAGGCCAUUAAAUUGUUGUGUCAGUGUGGUCUGGAUGUGAGUGCUAAGGACUUUGAUGGCUGGACUCCUCUCCAUGCUGCGGCUCACUGGGGUCAAAGUGAAGCCUGCCGUCUGCUCGCUGAGCAACUGUGUGACAUGGAGGCCCACAGUAACGGGUGUCAGACUCCAUUUGAUGUGGCGGAUGAGAGUGUUGUGUCUUUACUGGAAGAACUGUCUCGAAGACAAGCUAAUUGGAGGACUGAACUUAUUGAGCAACAAAAUUCACAGAUCUCAAAUGCCAACACUGCAAACAAGAAACGCAGGAGCUCUGUGUGCCGAAUGAGCAGCAGGGAGAAAAUAAAUGUACAGGACCAGUCUAAAGAACGUGGAGUCUCAGGAGGCCUGGGACUCAACGAUGAGAGAGAAAGCAGCCCAGAAAGUUUAACAGUGUCGACACCAGAGAGCGUUGUUCCUUCUUCAGGGACCAUUGAGGAUAAAGAAGUCAAGGUGAAUGAUCAGGAGAGAGCGAGUCGCACAGCAGUUGUGCAGCCCACCCCUCAAAGGCAGGAGUCACCUGCCGAGAGCCCCAGUAAUGCCUCUAAUGACAGAAGGAAGUUUCAGGCUCCAGUGAGAGACGAGGAGUCGGAGUUUCAGAGGAAAGCUCGCUCGCGUCUCAUGCGGCAGUCACGGCGAUCAACACAGGGAGUAACACUGACGGAUCUUAAGGAAGCAGAACGGAGUAUUGUUAAGAGCACUGAACCUCAGCACCUCAGUGUUCAGCCUGUGAAUCCCAACAUCACACUAACACCAGCUGAGAGAGACACAGAGCCAGUGAAGGAAUCUGGAGAUGCACAGACAAGACUAGGAGUGAAAGACCGCAGGAAAGGGAGGAAAGAGAGACGCUCAACUGGUAUCGUUCAGCUGGCUGAAGAGACAGAUGAUAUGGAUGCAAAUGAAGAUGCUGAACAAGACAACAGAACAAGUGAUCAUCAGUUAGAUGUUUCCAGACACUCUUCUCUGGAUUAUAGUAAGUUGUAUCUGCAGGUGUUGCAAGAGAAUGGAGAUCUAAAAGAGAAGCUUCAAGAAACUCAACUGCAGUUAAAUGAGAGUAAAGUUCAACUGGAGAAACUCAAACAGAAUCAAGAGAAUGGAUCAGACAGACCAGCCCUGCUGGAGUUGGAGAGAUUUGAAAAAAGACUUCUUCAGCGGAGAGCAUCUGAGUUAGAAGAUGAACUCAAAGUGCUUGUGGAUUUGCGUGCUGACAACCAGAGACUGAAAGAUGAAAAUGCAGCUCUCAUUCGUGUCAUUAGUAAGCUGUCUAAAUGAAUCUUUGGAUUUCUUUCCUGAAUUCCUUGGGAAAGUUGCUGUCCCAUUGUCUGCCCAAAGAACUGCACAUUUUUCUAUCCCUCUCUCAUCUCUGGGACAUAUGCCCCUGCCUGGGGUGGUUAAACUACUGUUCUUCAAAUUGAUAUGUACAUAUGUAAGGCCUUGUUUAGCUGCCACUCUAGACCCAUCAAAACUGGAAUUUUCAACGACUCUAGAACUCAAGUCCAUCUGCUGUUCAGCUACUCUAGAUAAUGGUGUUCAGUUCUGAUUCAGGGUGCUCUUGUAUCAUUUGUAAUGUUAUUGAUUUCUUUUGUGCAAU